UAAGUUCAACUAGACAAGAUGGCAGCGGCACCCGAGUGGCUAACCCACGAAUAUAUCGAGCACGCCCUUCGAUCCCACUACAAAGACAAUGGAUUGGCCAUCACCCAGCUGCAGAUAAACCCCGCCUUGGGACCCGGAGAAAACUACGGCGGAGUGCUGACCCGUGCUCGAGUGGAGUUUACCCUUUCGAACCAGGAGAAGAAGCUGCAGAACCUGAUUGUAAAGACGGAGAUCGACGACGACGAGUUGACCCAGGAACUGAUGGCUCCCUACGACAUCUACAAUCGGGAAAUGACAAUCUACGAGGAAGUGCUGCCAAAGAUAAAUGAGCUGCUCAACGAAAUCGGAGAUAGCGAAAGGAUCUUUCCCACUGCCAUUUAUGUGGAUCGCGAGCGAAUGGCUAUAAUCUUUGAGGAUCUCUCCGUGGCUGGUUACGUAAUGGCGGAUCGAGUGCGUCGCCUUAACGAGGAGCACACCCACCUCAUUCUCCGGAAGCUGGCCAAAUUUCAUGCGGCUUCUGCGGUCUUAAAUGAGCGGCAAAAAGGCAGUUUGGAAACCUUCGAUCGAGGCUUCUUCAAUCGCUAUACAAAUGCCUACAAAGGCUACUUUGUGGGUGGCCUUUUGGCCGCCGCCAGGUGGAUGAGCCAGGUGCCCAAGUUGGCCCACUACUCGGAGAAACUGUUCGCCUUGGCGCCGCACUACAUGGACAUUGGUCGGGAGUGCUUUGCCCCAACUCCGGGCCAAGUGAAUGUCCUGGCUCAUGGAGACGUGUGGACCAACAAUGUGAUGUUCAAGUACGAUCCGCAAACAGGACGACCAGUGGACGUGCUGCUCAUUGACUUCCAGUACUCCUUCUGGGGUUCUCCCUGCAUAGAUCUGCACCACCUCUUCAACACCUCCCUGAAGGAGCCGCUGCGACGAGAUCAGCAAUGUGGACUCUUCAAGUUUUACCACAACAUUUUCAGCGAAACCCUACAAAAACUCGACUACCGUCAGAAUCCCAUUCCCAGUUUGCACCAGUUCAAAUUGGAGGUGGAGCAGAAGCGCUUCUUCGCUAUGCACUCGACAGUCGUCGUUCAACCUGUGAUGAUCAGCCAGGAUCCCACGGAUGCCUGUUUUAAUGCCUUGAUGAACGAUGAUGAGCGCGGUAUUCGUUUCAAGAACCGAUUGUAUAACAAUCCCAUCGUUCAACAAAACCUGCACUCCCUCGUUCCUUUCUUCGAUAGAAAAGGCUUACUGGAAGUCAAUCAAACCUGUUAAAGAUAUUUUAAGAUGUACUUGUGGAGCUCCCACGCUUAAGAUGUAAAUAAUUUUUAGUUCUAAUGAAAAAUAAAUAAUACUAUUUCUAGAAGCAA